UGUAUGAAUGCAAGCACUUAUAGGCCGUCGUAUUGAUGAUGCAAUGCUGGGCUCACUAUUGCUGUGAAUGAGAGUCUGUGAUCACUGAUGACACCCACGAUGACCAACACGAAGACUGCCAAAAGUCACACCAAAGACACGAUUGAGUGGAAGAAAGUGUUGUACGCGCGGCAGGGCGUGAAAGACCAUUACGUGCCGCCAUCAUUCCUCAAGGAUUUGCGCAAAAAUGUGAAUCUACAGAAGUAUGAACUCAAAGACUGUAUCCUCUCGUCGACGGCAUUGACGCAAGAGAUCUGUUCGAUAGUCAUCUUCAUAGUGGUCUUCCUAUACCUGGAUUCUGGUCGACCGCAGCUGUCGAUUAUCAUCUGUAUAUCAAUCGCUUUCAUAACUCUCUUCCUGUACUCAACCCUCAUAUUCGUGUCGCCGACCAAUGAUGUAAUCAAUGAACUGAAAAGCGCCGCCAUUUUCCUGAUCAGUGGUUUGGCGGUGUCUCCCAUCCUGAAGACGUUGACUGAGACGAUCAGUACGGACACGAUCUACGCGAUGGUGACGGUCAUGAUGUUAGUUCACCUCACUUUCUACGACUACGGGGCCAAAGCAGCCAUCGUCAGCACUCCUGUCGCUCUCAACGCCGCCAUCUUCGGGGGCGUAUGUCUGGCCUCCCGGCUGUCCACCACUUACGACGCGUUCGCUCUAUUAAUCUUCGCGUCCGAUAUAUUCAAACAUUUACGGCCCGUGGGAUGAGGCGGUCAUUGACGACACCGACCCCCACGACACACAACUAUUCAACACUUGCAUCAAAUGAGGGCCUGAGAGACCGACUUGUGUUUGACUGAGAGGACCCGUUUGGUGCGCUCUUCAUCGGCCUGCCACUCCAUCUUGUGUUUGUGCUGCUCUAUGGCCUCCCACACCCUCUCCAUCACCAUCUGUUCCGUCAGUACCCCAUCGUGUGAGGCGUAGGCACUCGCCUGACAAAUGCCAC